AGCUUGGUUUUUGUUGUUGAAAUUAUAGGUCUAAAGUUGGUGAUAGGAAAACGGGUGCCCUCAGACAUGGUAGGAACUUUCGUGAGUUCAGUGAAGGAGAGGUCCGUUGCUGACUUGAUGGGUGAAUUACAGACAGGUGAUGAGAUCCUUGAAUGGAAUGGGCACAAUCUCCGGGGUCUGCACCAAGAGGAGGUCUCUGAAAUUCUAGCACUUUCCAGAAACACUGACGAAGUUUGGCUCACAGUACAACUAUACGUUGCCCAGGGUGCACCACGUGGAGGUAAGUCUAUCGCACACCACAGAUACUUUAAGAUGGAUUCGAGUAGUAGUUGUCAUUAG